AUGACGGUUCAGUUCCCCGAGAGGCCUCUGAAACUUCGAAAACAGAAUAGGCCUUUAGAAGAUAAAGAGAUAUGUGAAAAUCUUACAAACGAGAGUGACGACAACUGUAGUGAUUUUGACGACGAUGUAGGCGAUCCUGAUUUUAUUUUAGAGAGCGAUCACAACACGGAAUCUGAACAAUCCGAUGAGGAUGAUGUUGACGUCACGUAUCCCCAUGUUGAGGAAGUUUACCACGGAGAAAUCAACCAUAAUCACGACAAUGAAGAACAGGAAAGAGAAGUACGAGCUCAUGGAAGCCAGGACAUUACAGAACAGAUCGGAAAAGAGACAAUAGUCGGAGAGAAACAGCAUGGCGCAGCAGAGACUAGAAUUGAAGAGAUCGGAGAGGAGCAGUAUAGCGAAGUAGAGACGCGAAAUGACCAGGGUAGUGAAGAUCUUAGAAUAGACCAGGAGCCAAAUUAA